AUGUUGACUUAUUUAUCUCUUUUAAUACCUGUUACUUGUCUUUGGUGUGGUUGGCUUUGGUAUUCUACCACAUUUGUUUGGGAAGAUAUCGUUCAAGAUAUAGCUUUUGUAUCAGUGAAAAUGGGGUUAGUUCUUGUUAUUUCUAUUGUGUAUUCUAUAUUAGCCAUGUGUAUAAUGGGACCUGAUGCAUUAUUGAUCAAAUAUGCUGUAUCACUUAUCCAAUCUCAUGGACAAAAAAUCAAACCUGUUGAAUUAUUUAUCGGACGUUUAGUAACAUAUAAGAAAAUUUAUUUAUUACCUAUCGAGCUUUUAGUAAAAUAUAUCAAAUUUGAUUUAUUACGUAUCGAACUUCAAAAAUUAGCUACCAAGCUUUAUGUACAACUUAUCAAAAGGGUUUUGCUAUCUAUCAAACAUUGGUCUUUUAAAUUAUUUAUCGAACGUUGGCGUUUUACAUUAUUUAUCAAACUUCAAGAUUUAAUUAUAAAAUGUUGUCCAUUCUGUUUAUGGUUUAUAUUCACUAUAAUUACGUCGGGUAUGAUAGGGUAUAUUAUGAUACACUGUGAAGAUAUCUCUUCAAUUGACCCGAAUGGAUGGAUUUUGUUAAAGAAUGGUUUAACAUUAAAAGAUCAGGAGAAAAUUGGUUUAAUUCAAGGAAUUGAACUGGAUAUGUCGAAAUGUGGUCAGUGUCCUAAUGCAAUAGAAGAUUUGUCACAAAUCAUGAAUAGUUACGAAUCCGAAUAUCAGUCAUUCCACUCAAUAAUGAAAGUUUGUCGUUGGGUAGAAGCGAUAUCUGUCAAAAAUUGUAUUUGCAAUCGUUUUGAAAAGAUUCAUGGAAAGCGAUUUAACAACACAUUUGGAAUAUUUUACCCUUUACGUGGCUUUCUUUUCUAUUAUCAUAAAAAAUAUAAGGAAGCUCUCAAUGACUUUGAUAAAUCAUUAGAACAUGAUCCGAAUAAUAUUAAAACGCAAGUUUAUAGAAUAUUUACAUACAAUAUGCUCGGUAUGCACUCAGACGCAGAUUUAUACAUACAGAGAUUUAUUGAAAAGUAUCAAGCAAACUCCGAAAACGCCGAAAAUCAAUGGAUAUUGUCAAAAUUAACUGAUUUUCAAGAGAAAAUUCAGGUUAAUUAUAAUAAAUAUAAAUCACAAAAAGGUCAAGAUUAUAGAAAAUUUAAUAAUAUACAAUCACAAUCAUUUCUGAAUUCAUGGCCAACUCAUUUAGAAUUUGCUAAAAUAAGCCAUGUCGCUUAUUGCAAGGAUCGUUUGUCUUUACUUCCUUAUUGGUCGUUUAUCGAUGAACAUAAUGAUACUGAUGAUACUGGUUAUUAUGGUAUUGCAAUUCAACAUAAUGAAACAAAACAAAUAGUCAUUGCACAUCGAGGAACGAAUUUUGAUAUUAAAAAUGUUUUACUUCAUACUAAUUUUUAUCUUUAUACUCUCACGGCUCUAGAACAAUUUCGAGUAGCACAAAAGUUCACUGAAAAAUUUCGACAACGAAUCAAUUCCACAGGUAUUUUAUGGCAUACGGGUCAUUCAUUCGGUGGAGCUAUUGCAGAAUUUCUUGUUGCUAAUGAAACAUUAUUCAAUCAACAAACUCUUUCGUUUGCUGUUACAUUUGAUAGUCCUGGUAUAAUGGAAAUUCUUGAAAAACAUCAUCAUCAUUCAAAGAUAGAAAAGAAUCUACCAAAAUCAAACGAAUUUCCUGUUAUUGGUUAUUUAUCUGUACCAAAUAUAAUUAACACAAUGGGUACACAUAUUGGUCUUACUCUUCGUUUAUCACCACUUCCACCAUUUUCCAAAGAGUAUGAUAUACUUUUUCAAAAUAUUAUUGAUCAAGUGAAGAAAGAUUUCAAUCAGUACAAGAAAAAUAUUGAUAUUAUAAUCAACCAUUUUCUUGCUCAACUACAUUGGCAUAGUAUGAAAACAAUUAUUGAAACUUUUAACUUAUUUUCAGAUAUGAAUGGUUUUUCAAUUCUAACGAAACCAGUUAUUAAAUGGCCUUUAGGCACUCAACAAUCGAUUCAUUUUAUCAAUUUAGUCGAUCGACAUAAUUUAACAACAUUGGAUAUUUCAAAACAUCUGAAUAAUAAAAAAAAAGUUUUAAAUGAUUUUAAACGAUGUAAUUAUCAUGUUAUUAAUAAUGAUGAAUAUUCUCUUGUUGCUUUACCAGCACAAUUAUGGAAUUUGAAAACACAAAAUUUUAGGAAGAAAUUUAUGCCGAAUAAAUUUCCGCAAAAGGAUAUAAUUAUUCAAUUGAAUUCGAAUUGUGAAUUAAGCAAAUUCAUCGAUGAUGAUCUUCUUCAAAUUAUCUUCAAGAUUCUUCAUUGGGAAACAGAUGAUCUCGAUUCCAAUAUAAAAAUGAUUUCUAUUAAUGAACAAAUAUACAAUAUUAGUAUUUUAAAUAUCUAUACGUUAUUUUCUCUUGUCAAUUUAGAUAAUUGUAUUUUAUCUUUUAUUGAUAAUGGUACUUGUGAGAACAAAAUCGAUUCUUUUUAUGAUCUUUAUCGAAGAAAAACUGAUUAA